CUGGGGGGCCGGGGCCGGGGCCGCUCCCCGGAGCGGCUCGGAGGCCGGGGCCGGGGCCGGGGCUCGGCGGCUCCGCGCGCCGCUGCAGGGGCUCGGGGAACCCGGCAGGGACCCGGCGGGGCCAUGGCAGCCGGGAGCAUCACCACGCUGCCCGCGCUGCCGGAGGACGGCGGCAGCGGCGCCUUCCCGCCCGGCCACUUCAAGGACCCGAAGCGUCUGUACUGCAAAAACGGGGGCUUCUUCCUGCGCAUCCACCCUGACGGCCGCGUGGACGGGGUCCGGGAGAAGAGCGACCCUCACAUCAAACUACAACUUCAAGCAGAAGAGAGAGGAGUUGUGUCUAUCAAAGGAGUGUGUGCGAACCGGUAUCUUGCUAUGAAGGAAGAUGGAAGACUACUGGCCUCGGCCACCAAAUGGGUACUGCCUAACAUCUCUGCUGGCACCUGAAUGGAAGGAAAUUGUAAACCUCAGUAAUACACUGUGGCAUCUGUACUCUGUAUUAAAACAAAAAACUACCUUCCUAAAAACAACCACAUUCAAGUGAAGUCUUUAUAUCUUAUGUAAUACACUUUAAGUCACUGGUAUUCACAUACUGACUCCAUCAGAUAUAAGUUUUUAUUUUCAUUUGCUUUGUUCAGUGAAAGAAUUCCUUUACAGGCUUAAUUUUUGAUUCAGCCAACUACUAGUUGUAUAAUAUUGAAUAAGUCAUUGCAUCUUUUCUAAACUAAAAAAUGUAGAUAAUAAAUAAGAAUUUUUGUGAAAGUACUUUAUGUCAAUCAUCAUUAUUUGAUUAUCUAAUUUUAUUUCCAUUAAAUAAAAAGCAAAACAUGAUGGAAUUAAAGUAAAUUUUUUGCCUGAAAACGUCAACCAGGAUGAUGAGGAAUGAAUGCAGUAACAGAAAAAACAAGUGACUUAGUAAAUGGUCAAAAGUUAGCAAUGUUUGGUCAUGAUUUUUAAGGCUCGAGGCUGUAGCAGAGCUGGUGCUGCUACUUUACUUGGGUUUUUCAUCCUCUCCAGACACUGUGUUCCAAGAGCCAUCAAAUAGACUGUCUAGGAAGCUAUCGAUGGUUAAUUACUCACAAGUACCCCCAGCCUAAAUGUAUGACCUUUUUAAUGACUAUCUAAAGGCUGGUACAAAGACACUGGUAGGGGAGGGGCAUGUAAACUCCCAACUUACAACUUUUUAAGUAAAUGUUAUAGGAUGAAUUCGGUAAUUCCAAACAACACCAGUGUAGCUAGGUCUCUGAAGUUUUGGUUUAGUCGUUAAGUCUUGCAUCUCUGUUUCUUGACUACUUCAGAUAAAACAAACAUUACAGAAAAUACUAGCGACCACUUCUCUAAAACAUAGAUGAAUAAAACUAGAAAAGUGUUGAAUGUAACCUUGAUUAACUGAGAAUUCAUAAAAGUUUAAGUGUUUUUACACUGGAAUUUAGGCAAAUUUAGUAUAUGUAGUUUUGACUAAUGCCCCAUUAAAAAAAUAUAGCUCAAUUCAAAUCUUCCUUUUCAAUUGUGGUAAUACAGAUUGCUCUGGAAAUUUGAUUUCUGGAAA